AUGCGGCCGUGCACGCGAGGCCCAGCGCCGCGGCCGUCGGCCCGCGCCGCCCCGGAUGGGCAGAGGUACGCAGGACACCCGCCCAGCCCCGCCUCGCCUCGCCUCGCCGCGCCGACCGGUUCAGUGGAGUGGCUUCUCGGACAUCUGGGAGAAAAUUUGGAAGAUGAUUUGGGAGGACAUUUGGAAGGAGAUGACGGAGGGCAUUUGGAAGGAGUUUACGGAGGACAUUUGGAAGGAGUUUACGGAGGACAUUUGGAAGGAGUUUACGGAGGACAUUUGGAAGGAGAUUACGGAGGACAUUUGGAAGGAGAUUACGGAGGACAUGUGGAUGGAGAUUACGGAGGACAUGUGGAAGGAGAUUACGGAGGGCAUUUGGAAGGAGAUUACGGAGGACAUUUGGAAGGAGAUUACGGACGAUAUUUGGAAGGAGAUUACAGAAGACAUGUGGAGGGGUAUUUUUAUGGAACAUCUCGGGGACAUUUGGAAAGACAUCUGGGAACAUUUUGGGAAAAUAUAGCAACCUAUUAUGAACACUUGAGGAAACAUAGAGGGGAACAUACACUAGACUUCCACAGUGCAGAACUUGGUGACGUUUGUGCAGCCAAAUGCUAA